UUCUUGACCUGAUAGCAUAUCAGUCAAAUUAUGCCUUGAAAACACUUCUUAUCUUUAAACAUUCAGUAAUGAUGAUGACAGAUCAACGUAUCGGUUACGUUAUAUCUAGAGAUAUAAGUAAGGGUGACAUUCAAGGGACCAGAACAUACGAGCCAGUGUGACAACCGUAGGAAUUACUCGACUACAGUACCAAGAAGAUGGCUGACCUGAAGUAUUCAAUAGUUUGGUUGGUUUUUCUAUUGGCGUAUUUGGACCUUGAACCCGUCCAGUGUUUUCCAUAUACCUUAACAAGAUGCCCUCCGAGCCUUUCUUCCCAUUGUCCACCAAACCGGGUUAAUUCUUGCAAUAAUGAUCAGGAUUGCGAAGCAGCUUAUUCUGGUAAGGGUUUGAAGUGCUGUGAUGACUGCGGCAGGAGUUGUGUGUCUCCUAAAGUGUCCGUAGUGGAAGUAACCCCAGUAAAAUUAUUCAAAAAAUUGAAGAUCCUUACCAAAUUGAUUGCAAAGUGCCCCACCAACCCUCCCUCAAGCGCGUCUCCUCCAGGACCAGACCAAGAAUGCCAAAACGAUGCCAGUUGUGAUGCAAAAUUCCCGGGACAAGGCCUGAAAUGCUGCAGUGAUGGGAACGAUUUUAGGUGCUUUCCUCCUGUCGUUGAGUCUGUUAUUAACCAACCAAUGUAUUGCCCCAGUCUUCUUCCUGAACACCCAAGGGAAUGUGGUAAAUACUAUGUAAGUAAAUGCUUCAACGAUGAAGAUUGCGAACAAAAGUAUCCUGCGUUGAAGUCAUUUGUGAAGUGUUGCACUACUACAUGCCGGAACCGAAGGUGCGUGAUUCCAGUUCAAGGAAAAGCGCCACCCACUCCAACACCUUCAGAUGCCUGCCCAAUCUUUCCUACACCUGCUGAAUGUCCAACAGAACCAGAUCAUGAAUGUAAACUCGACUUCCAUUGCAAUCAGUCGCAUCCUGGAUUAGGGCUAAUAUGCUGUAUAGAUGGAUGUGAUUUAAGAUGCAUGCCACCUAAAGUCAAUGGUAUCUGCCCAAUCUUCCCUACAGCUGCCGAAUGUCCAUCACAAUCAGAUGAUGAAUGUAAAAACGACAUGGAUUGCAAUAAUUUGCACCCUAGAAUGCGGCUAAAAUGCUGUUUAGAUGGUUGUGAUUUAAGAUGCGUUCCACCUAUCGUUUAGAUUGAUAUUCAUUCUAUACCGUAGAUUCUUGUUUAUAAACAGUAAAUUUCGUAAGGACUUUUGGAUAGGCUUAUUUAGGGCGUGGAAAGGGGGAUUCAUUUUAUAGAAGCAAUAAUGCUUGUUCCAUUUUAAUUGUGCAGCUGUUGUAGUAAGGCUAGAAACGCUUUGAAAUGUGACAAGAAGCUAGAAAAUAUAUCUGAGGCCGGAUUGUCAAUGUGCCACAGGCCUCGUGCUGGUAGUUCUUUAAUGUAGGAGGUUUAUAACGAGACCGAAAAUUUUUUAAAAAAUUACCGCGGAGGUAAGGGGGCUUCUAAUUCAUUUACCAUUCCUGGGUAGACGACUUAAUACCUAACAGAAUUUGCAACCCAAUUGAUAAGGGAGCCUAUAGAUCGAAUUUGCAUUUAUAGCAGAGCUCCCGAGCGGAGCACCAUACUUAAGAAAAAAUGUUAAACCAUCGAGUUCCAGGUGAUCUCGGAAAGCGCGCAAAGCAUGCUAUUCUGACUUGAAAAAGAAUCAAUCCCUAACACGACCGCGCGCCUAGAGUCCUGCAAAAAACAAUGCCGUGAAGGACGCCAUUUUGUUUUGAGUUGGAUUUGAAUAUGUAUUCUCUUGAAAUGUAGUGCGAAAUAUUGGUGAAAAGACUGAAGUCAUAGCUGCACAUUUGAAGUCUAUAGUAAUGUUUCAAGUUAUGUAUAAGUAAAAUUUUACAAGAAAAGCUUAUUUUAAGUAAGUGUUUAUCCGAUUUUGUAAUUCGUAUAGCCAACAAAGUUAACCUUAUUACCGAUCCACAUAUCUGGUUUUUUCUGCUUCUCGAGGCGCGCAAAGGUCUAUUGAGAUUGAUUCUUUUUCAGCAAACGCAUUUCGCAAUCUGAUUGGUUAAUCGAUUUCCGUCAAAUCACCUGGUUGAUUUUUCAUGGCUUGGCUGACGUCACUUCCGUCCGUCCGUAUGUUUGUACGUGUACACAACACAGGAAUUCCGCUUGUGGGUCAAAGCAAAACUACUUGCAAAUGCGGCUCUCAAAUGCGCAGAAAAAUUCGCUUUAGGACAAAUUAUAGACUAACAAGAAAUAAAAAAAACUUUCAUGUAGUCAAAGGUGGAUCAAGAAGUGUUCUGCAAGAAGUCAGGUGUGUGUUUUUUUUAGCAAACCAUCGUGUAAUUUUUAUGACAAGAAUUUUUAUCGACAAAUAAAGGAAUUUCUCUCAAAA